AUGGCGUUGAAAAGUAUUAACAUAAGUGGAAACUUUGAGUGGUGCCCAUUUGAAGAAUACAAGAAUUAUUUGUUAUGCUUCAACUCACACAAUUUGUUAUAUUCUAAUAAUAAUAGUUUGAAUAAUUAUAUAUAUUUGUUAGAUAUAAAUUUGAAUAGUGAGAUAAGAAAUUUGGAGAUAGUAAAUAAGUUUAAUUUCGAAGAUGCAUUAAAAUAUGAGAAUGAUAUAAUAAAAGGAGGGAAUAAGAAUAAUAAGAAUAAGAACAAUAAUAAUAAUAAUAGUGUGAAUGAAUAUGUGACAUGUUUUGAAUGGAUGAAUGGUAAUAAUUUUGUAGACAUAAAUAAUAAUGACGACUUAAGUAAAGGUAUUAUUGUUGGUGGUUUGACAAAUGGUGAUAUAGUUUUAUUGAAUGCAAAGAAUAUAUUUGAAACGAAUAGAAAUUAUGAUAAUUUUAUUUUAAGUAAAAUAAGUAUGCAUGAGAAUAGUAUAAAUUGUUUAGAAUAUAAUAGACAUAAAAAUAAUUUAAUAGCUACAGGUGGUAAUGAUGGUCAAUUAUUUAUUACAGAUAUAGAAAAUAUAUAUUCACCUACAUCUUAUGAUCCAUUUUUAGAUAAAAAUAAUAUACAAAAAAUUACAUGUUUGAAUUGGAACAAAAAAGUUUCUCAUAUUUUAGCUACUUCAUCUAAUAAUGGAAAUACUGUAAUAUGGGAUUUAAAAAUAAAAAAAUCAGCUGUAAGUUUUAGAGACCCUCAUAGUAGAACAAAAACAUCUUCUUUAUCAUGGUUACAUAAUCAACCUACACAAAUUUUAAUUUCAUAUGAUGAUGAUAAAAAUCCAUGUUUACAAUUAUGGGAUUUAAGAAAUUCAAAUUAUCCAAUUAAAGAAAUAACUGGACAUUCUAAAGGUAUUAAUAAUAUAUGUUUUAGUCCUAUAGAUACGAAUUUAUUAUUAUCAUCUGGAAAAGAUGUUACGAAAUGUUGGUAUCUAAAUAAUCAAAAUUUUGAUAUUUUUAAUGAAAUCAAUAACUCAGCAAAUAAUAUCUAUUCCAAGUGGUCUCCAUAUAUACCUGAUUUAUUUGCAUCAUCAACAAAUAUGGAUACCAUACAAAUUAAUUCUAUAAAUAAUGGAAAUAACAUGACGAGUAAAUAUAUACCCGUAUUUUAUAAGAAGGAAGCUGGUAUAUGUAUAGGUUUUGGAGGCAAAAUAUGUACCUUUGAUAAUAACACAAAUAAUAUGGAUAUUAAUAACACAAAUAAUGCAAAUAAUAAUAACACUGGUGGUAAUACCUUUAAUAAUGAUACCUCAUGUGAUGGAGAAUAUGAUUCAAACAAUGGAAGAAAUAAAAAUACGCAAAAUAAAUUCCAAAUAAAAUAUCAUAUAUAUCCAACAGAUAUGGAACUUAUAUCAGAAGCAGAUAAAUUUGAAAAAUAUAUUACAAAUGGUAAUUAUAAAGAAUUUUGUGAAUCUAAAAUUGAAACAUGUGAUGAUGAACAUGAAAAACUUACAUGGAAAAUCUUACAUUUAUUAUGUACCUCUCAAAGAGGUGAUAUAGUAAAACAUUUAGGUCAUGAUAUUAAUAAUAUUAUAGAUAAAAUUAUGCAAACCAUUGGACAACAACCAGGAUUUAUUUUUAAAACUUUAAUUGACGAAAAAGAAAAUAAUAAUUUUAAUUCUUCAAAUCAAAUGAACCAAAAUAAUGUAUUAAAUGAUGAUCCGAAUAUUAUGAAUAAUAUAAACAAUAUGAAUAAUAUAAACAAUAUAAACAAUAUAAACAAUAUAAACAAUAUUAAUAGUAAUAGUAGGACUGGCACAAAUGUCAUGCAUAAUAAUGGACAAGGAUAUUUGGGAGAUACAAAUAAUAAUGAAGAACAUUUUAAUAGUAAUUUCGAUUUAGAUCCUGAGAAAUUUUUUAGAGAAUUAGGUGAGAAAACUGAAAAUGAAAAAAUCAAACAAAAUGUAGUAGAUAUAUCAGGUAAUGAUGAAAAUGGGUUAAAUUGUUCUAUUAAAGGAAAAGAAAAUAAGACAAAGAAUAAAAAAAAUGACAUAAUAACAGAUGAUAAUAAUAAUAAUAGUAAUAAUAUUGGUGAACAUAAUAAUAUGAAUGGUGAAAAUGCUUCAGAACAUUUUGUAAAUGAAAAAAAUAAUACAAAUAAUUGGAAUUUAGGUAUCGAAUCAAUAAUAAAAGAAUGCGUAUUAAUAGGAAAUAUUGAAACAGCUGUUGAAUUAUGUUUACAUAAAAAUAGAAUGGCUGAUGCUUUAUUAUUAUCAUCUUUUGGUGGUGAACAAUUAUGGCAUAAAACCAAAACAAUAUAUAUAAAAAAACAAAAUGACAAUUUUUUAAAAAAUAUUAAUUAUGUAUUAGAUGAUAAAUUAGAAAAUUUAAUAAAUAAUGUUGAUUUAAAUUCUUGGGAAGAAGCUUUAUCUAUAUUAUGUACAUAUGCAAUUAAUAACCCCAAUUUUAAUUCUUUAUGUGAAAUGUUAGCUAAAAGAUUACAAAAUGAAAAAUUUGAUAUACGUGCUGCAUCUAUAUGUUAUUUAUGUGCAUGCAACUUUUCAGAGACAGUCGAAAUAUGGAAUAAUAUGCCAUCCAAAAAAACAUCUUUAUUAAAUGUUUUACAAGAUAUGGUGGAGAAAAUGACUAUAUUGAAAAUGAUUAUUAAAUAUGACAAUUUUAAUGCUAUCAUGAAUCAAAAAAUAAGUCAAUAUGCUGAAUUAUUAGCAAAUUCGGGUAGAUUAAAAGCAGCUAUGACCUUUUUAUGUUUAAUACAACAUGAUCAAAGUAUAGAAAGUUUAAUAUUAAGAGAUCGUAUUUAUAAUAGUGCUAAUCAUGUUUUAUGUCAGCAAAUUAAGGCACCUGUAUCACCAUUCCAAAUUAUUGAUAUAAAACCAUCACCAAAUGUAUAUCAAAAUAAUAUGUAUCAUAAUAAUAAUAUGAAUAGUAAUAUGAAUAGUAGUAAUAAUAAGGUUUUAUCGUCUGUACAUCAACCAGUGCCACCAUUCAAUCAAAGUAAUGUAAACAGAAUGUAUACAUCAACAAGUAAUAUUAUGAAUAAUAAUAAUAAUAAUAAUAAUAAUAAUACGGUGAAUCCCAAUUUUAAAAGUGUCAUACCUCCACCUUUACCUAUGAAAACACAAAUCAUUAAUUCAACAUCAUCCUUACAACCACCACCUUCAGUACCACCAACAAAAUUUCAUACACAAAUUAUUAACAAUACAAUGAAUAAUAGAUCAUCCAUUUCAACUACUACAAAGAAUUUUCCAACAUCUAAUCUUAAUUCAGUAGUACCACCACCAAUGAAUAAUAUGAAUACAAACAUAUCACAUGGGUCUAAUGUAACUCCUCCAUAUAUGUCUCAAUCAAACAUUAAUAAUAACAUGAAUAAUAAUAAUAAUAAUACCAUGAAUCCAGCAUAUCCAUCUUUACCAAAAUUUCCUAAUUACAAUAUAAAUUCACAAGUACAAUCAAAUUCAACAAUUCAAGAAAAACAAUUAACAUCACCAAUGUUUUCUUCACAUUCUUAUGGAAAUAUAAAUAAAACACAAACUACUAAUAAUGCUGUUGUAACACCACCAAUGCCAUCUAACCAAUUAAAUAAUACUAGAUCAAGUUUUGCAGAUAUUCAAAAUGUUGUACCUCCACCAAGUAAUAAAAACCAAUCCAUAUCUUCAACUGCAAAUUUGAAUUAUCAACAUGAUAAUCAAUUUAACAAAAGAGAAUGUGUCGAUCAGCCAAGUUAUCCUAUGACCAACCAGUCACCUAUGUUUUCGAUGAACCAUACUAUGCAGAAAAAAAAUAUUCCUGGUGGAUUCCAGGACAAUACUAGCCAAAUGAAUUAUGGCAUGCAACCUACUGGUUCACCCCCUCCAUCAAGUCUCAGUACAACAUCCCCUAUAGCAGGCGCUUUGACGGUGACACCCGGAAUGCCCGUUCCUUGGCCAAUUCCAACGACAACACAACAGCUGGGAUCAACCACCCAAUCUACUGCCAACGAAAAUAAAAAAAUACAGACAGCCACCAAAGAACAAAACGGAGUGCUAAUGAAUAGAAACCAUAUUGAAAAUAUCAAGAAAACCAUAAGUAAUUUAUUAAAUAUUUAUACGAGUCAAGAAUCUGUAAAGAAAAAAGCUGAUGAUGUGUCUUCAAAGGUAUAUGAGUUGUUUGAAAAAUUAGAUUGUGGUGCUUUCAAUGAACAGAUAAAUGAUAGUCUAUUAAAUUUGGUUAAUUCUAUAAAUGCUAAUGAUUUUAAAACAACCAAUAAAAUAAUAGUAGAUCUAAGUAGAAACUUGUGGGAUGGCAGCAAUAAAGCAUGGAUUAUGGGAGUAAAACAUAUAAUACCAAAAUGUUAA